AUGCCAAUCGAAGAAUCAGGACCCAAUCCGGCUCCGCCGCAGUCUCUGCUGCCGGACUCUAUCCUUGACUUGAACAUCAAGCUGGAUAACAAAGUCUUGUCCGACAAGGACAUCAAAUCCAUCCGGACAUUCCAGCGUGCCGCAAAUUAUGUCGCCGGUGCCAUGAUCUUCCUCCAAGACAACGUCCUCCUCCGCCGUCCCCUCAAGAAGGACGACAUCAAGAACCGUCUCCUCGGACACUGGGGAACCUGCCCCGGCCUCAACCUCAUCUACGCUCACGCAAACCACCUCAUCAAGACCAAGAACGUGAAUAUGAUCUUCGUCACGGGACCUGGACAUGGUGCGCCCGCUAUUCUGGCCUCGUUGUGGUUGGAGAAUUCGUUGCAUAGGUUUUAUCCACAGUAUGCACGUAACCAGGAUGGGCUUGCAAACCUCAUUAAGGGCUUUUCGUGGCCGGGAGGGUUCCCGUCGCACGUUUCGCCGAAUGUGCCGGGGUCAAUUCAUGAGGGUGGUGAGUUGGGAUACGCACUCGCUGUAUCCUGGGGUGCGGUCAUGGAUAACCCAGACUUGAUCGUGACAUGUGUCGUUGGCGACGGUGAAGCCGAGACUGGGCCAACUGCGACGGCGUGGCAUUCGCACAAGUAUGUUGACCCCAAGGAGUCUGGAGCGGUUAUUCCCAUUUUGCAUGUCAACGGCUUCAAGAUCUCGGAGAGAACAAUUUUUGGGUGUAUGGAUGAUCGUGAGUUGACAGCUCUCUUCACCGGAUAUGGAUACCAGGUUCGUAUCGUUGAUGGUGUCUCGGAUGGUUCGAACAUGUCCCAUAUCGACCAGGAUUUGGCGGCAAGUAUGGCGUGGGCAUACGACACCAUCAAGGAUAUCCAGACCGCUGCAAGGAGUGGAAAGCCGAUCAUGAAGCCUCGUUUCCCAGUCAUUAUUCUACGUACACCGAAGGGAUGGGGCGGACCAAAGGCCGCACAUGGCACUCCCAUUGAGGGAACGUUCCAUGCGCAUCAGGUCCCGCUUCCCACGGCGAAAACGGACGACGAGGAGUUCAAGUUGUUGGACUCGUGGCUCAAGUCCUACGGACCCGAGGAGUUGUUCAAUGAGGAUGGCAGCCCAAUCCAGGAUGCCUUGCAAAUUGUCCCUGACAUUCAUGAGAUGAGAAUGGGACAGAGGAAGGAGACGUAUGCCAACUGGCGUGCACUCGAUGUCCCCGAUUUCAAGACGAGGGCAGUGGAGAAGGGGGAGCAGACUUCGCCUAUGAAGCAGAUUGGUAAUUUCUUGGGUGAUGUCAUGGAGAAGAACCCUACCUCUGUCAGAUUGUUCUCCCCGGAUGAGUUGAUGUCGAACAAGUUGGACGGAGUCUUCAAGUACACGCAACGUAACUUCCAGGUCGCGCCGGAGAGUGCGCAUAAUGGAGGUCGUGUCAUCGAGGUGUUGAGUGAGCAUUGUUGUCAGGGAUGGAUGCAGGGAUACGUUCUCACGGGCCGUACCGGUAUUUUCCCCUCUUACGAGUCUUUCCUUGGCAUCAUUCACACAAUGAUGGUCCAGUACGGCAAGUUCAUGAAGAUUGCCAAGGAAACUGCUUGGAGGGGCGAUGUCGGUUCCAUCAACUACAUCGAAACCUCAACCUGGGCACGUCAGGAACACAACGGUUUCUCCCACCAAAACCCGUCCUUCAUCGGUGCGGUGAUGAACCUCAAGCCGGAGGCUGUUAGGGUCUACCUUCCCCCUGACGCAAACUGUGCUAUGAGCACGAUUGGGCAUAUGCUUCGCUCGAAGAACUACAUUAACCUGUUGGUUGGAAGUAAGCAGCCUGUGCCGACUUGGUUGAGCCCCGAUGAGGCUGAGAAGCAUUGUAUUGCUGGUGCGUCGAUCUGGAAGUUUGCUUCCACCGACGAUGGUGUUGAUCCUGAUGUUGUGUUGGUUGGUAUUGGAGUGGAGGUUACGUUCGAGGUUAUCACUGCCGCAGCCCUCUUGAGGAAGAAGUGUCCCGAGCUUCGUGUGCGUGUGGUCAACGUCACUGACUUGAUGAUCUUGGCGGCGAAUGAGGGACACCCCCAUGCCCUCACCAACGCCGACUUCGACGCCCUCUUCACCAAGGAUAGACCCGUUCACUUCAACUACCACGGCUACCCCGGCGAACUCAAGUCCCUCCUCUUCGGCCGUCCCGGUCUCGAGCGCGUCUCGAUUGAGGGAUACCGCGAGGAAGGUACCACGACUACACCUUUCGACAUGAUGGUCCAAAACCAUGUUUCGAGGUACCAUGUUGCAAUGCAUGCACUCAGGGGUGGGGCAUUGAGGAAUAAGCGCGUUGCACUUGUUAGUCAUGAGUUGUGUGCGGGGCUCCAGCAUGAUAUUCAGAAGUUGGGCAAGUAUAUCGUGAAGCAUGGCGAGGACCCGGCGGAUACGUAUGAUACCCCUGUGUUCGAGUAA